UUAGGGGUUGGGUAAAGAAUACUCGAAAAAGGCAAAUGCAUUCUUUGCUCUAAUUUCAUGCAAGGGAGAUAAUAAGAAACCAAAUUACAUCUUUUAGCCCCCUCUCUUCAUUUCUUUUAGAUCAUCUUCAUGAAGAGCCAAAACAACAAUAAUUAUAGCUAGGGGCACUGGGCCGGGGCUGGUGGUGGAAUACAUUGUUUCACGUCGAUGGUUGGGAUGGAAGACCCUGCCGGUACCAGAAAAGGCGAUAGUCGACGAGUUAUGGUGGUUGCAGACCCUACUAGAGAGUCCACAGCUGCCCUACAAUAUGCCCUUGGACAUGCAAUAAUUGAGAAGGAUGAAUUGAUUUUGAUACAUGUAACGAGCCCUUGUCCUAGGAAGGGUAGGUUUAGCUCACAUUUGAGCACCUUCUUCCGAAAACAUCAGUUUGAACUCUCUAAUGCAACCCCAAAUGAUCCUUCAAAAGGUGGUGGCGGUGUUGCUGGUGGCAUACUUGGUAAUAGUGCCAUUAGUGGCAUUGUUUUCGGAAGUGGUGGAGGUAUUUUUGGAGGUAGUUGGGUUAGCGAUGGCAAUGGAGGUGGGAAGGAUGAAGAUUUUUUAAAGGUCAUGAAGAAGGCAUGCGAGACAGCCUACCCUAAAAUGAAAGUUCAAGUUGAAAAGGUGGAGCAAGGAUGCAUGGACAAGGCUACUACAAUUUUAUCUCAGAGCAAGUUGUUAGAGAUUGAGCUUCUUAUUGUUGGACAACGUCGAAGUCUUCCCAAUAUUUUUAUAGGAGCUAGGAAAAAUGGAGGCCAAUUGCUAGGAGGGUCAAAGGUAGUAGACACCGCAGAGUUUCUGAUAGAAAACAGCUUAUGUACCUAUGUUGGAGUUCAGAAGAAGAGUCAAAAUGCAGGUUAUCUUCUCAACACCAGAACCCACAAAAACUUUUGGCUGCUGGCAUAAAAAAACAGAAUUCAGCAA